AUCACCACACUCCGAUCCUCCCAUCCACCACCCUUAUGCUCUUCCUUCUAACACCUCUGCUUCUCCUCGUAAACGUACACCUUCUCCGGCCAUAUCUCUAAACUAUAAUAACCUACAUAUUCCUUUAUUUCUAUGGCCACCAACACUUUCCACAAUCACCACUACUCUCUUGGUCUCAACCGCCACCACUCUACCACAUAUGACAACAUUCCUCCUCCUUCCGCCACCACUUUCUUCCUUAAACCCACAAACACCACCUUAACCUCCUCCCCUCUCUCUUCCCAUCACCACCUUCACUCUCUCGCCAUCUCUUCCACCAAAACCUUCUCAGUUUCUCCCACUACCUCGUUUUCCACUCCUUCUUCUUCUUCUUCCUCCAAGUUCGACAUCCUACAGCAGCACCUCUCCGCCCAAAACUUCCGCGAAGCCGACGAAGAGACUCGCCGCCUCCUCAUCGUCCUCGCCGGCGAGGCUGCCCAAAAGCGAGGCUACGUCUUCUUCUCCGAGGUCCAGUUCAUCCCCGAAGCCGACCUCAAAGCCAUUGACGACCUGUGGAGACAGCACAGCAACAACAGGUUCGGCUACUCCGUCCAGAAGAGGAUAUUCUUCGACAAGGUCAACCAGGACUUCACCAACUUCUUCAUCAAAGUCGGGUGGAUGAAGAAGCUCGACACCGAGGUCGACCAGUACAACUACAGAGCUUUUCCUAACGAGUUCAUAUGGGAGCUCAACGACGACACACCCGAGGGUCAUCUGCCAUUGACUAAUGCUUUGAGAGGCACCCAGUUGCUCAAAUGCGUUCUAAACCAUCCAGCCUUCAAGAACACCCCAGAAGAAGAAGAAGAACGACUACUCAAAGCGGCCAUUAUUGAAGGUAACAAAGCAGCAGCUAGUAGUAUUGGUGGAGGAGGGUUGAAAGGGUUAAUAGAUGGAUCCAAACCUCUCAACAAGAGGGUGCUGAAAUCAGACUAUAGCUUUUAAUCGAUUCACAACUGCACAGGAAUUUGAUGAUAUAGAUUCUGGGUUUCAUCUGUAAUAACUUGAUUGCUUCUACCUUUUUUUCUUCUUUUUUUUUUUACUUUAGUAAUUUAUUUAAGGUCUUUCUUGCUGGACAAGUGGAAGUAUGCUUUUACAUAGAAUAUGAUGAAUACCUAACCUGUUUGUAA